AUGGCUUUCUCUUCGUCUGGCUUGGAACUGCCAGCGUAUUUGUGGUGCUCUCUGAAUUGGCCUCCAUAUAUGGCUCCCACAUCCGGAGGUCAAUACCAUUGGAUCUCCAUGUUGGCUCCUCGAUGGACAGUCAGAUUUCUCAGUUAUAUGUGUGGAUGGCUCACCGUGAUCGGCUGGCAGGCAACCUUUGCCACCGCCUGUUUUCUCUCCGGCACUCUCAUCCAGGGACUUGUGGUUCUCACCCAUCCAGACUACGUGCCCACGGCCUGGCAUCGGACCAUGUACUUCUGGGCUGUCACUGCCUUUGCGGUCGGCAUUAAUCUGGCAGGGCGCAAUGUGCUGCCCAAGUUCGAAGGGUUGAUUCUUGUGGUCCAUAUUCUGGGCUUCUUUGCCGUCCUGAUUCCCCUGGUGACCCUGGCCGAUACGGGCUCCGCCAAAGAUGUCUUCACCCAAUUCGUCAACGAAGGCGGCUGGUCAUCCCAAGGGCUGUCCUUCUUUAUCGGUCUCGUGGGGUGUGUCUUUGCCUUUGCUGGGGGAGAUGCUGCGGUUCAUAUGUCCGAGGAAAUCCAGAACGCUCCCGUUGUCGUUCCCCGAUCGAUUUUCCUCAGCGUUCUCAUCAAUGGCUUACUGGGCUUCGGCAUGCUGAUCGCUCUCCUCUUCUGCCUGGGGGACAUCAACGAAGCUCUGGCAUCUCCCACCGGAUACCCUUUCAUGGAAAUCUUCUACAAGGGAACAGGGUCGCUCGCUGGCGCUGCGACCAUGACUUCGAUUGUCAUUGUUGUCUGUAUCUGUUCCACAACUGGCAUGAUGGCAGCCGCUUCUCGCCAGUUCUGGUCCUUUUCCCGUGAUCGGGGUGUACCCGGCUGGCGGCUCUGGAGUCGCGUGUCGCCCACUACACUCAUUCCUGUGUGGUCUGUUGUUCUUACCACCGUCGUCUCUGUCCUCCUCGCUCUGAUUCCUAUCGGGUCCACCGUCGCCUUCAACGACUUGGUCGCCAUGUCCAUUUCGGGCCUGUACUUGUCGUACAUCAUGGUCGCAUGUCUGCUCCUCUGGCGCCGUCUGACCGGUUCCAUUGCCUUGACGGCUAGCGCAGGGGAAACAGUCAACACAAUUGCCGCCAAAUUGGUCUGGGGCCCCUUCCGCGUCCCCGGCAUUUGGGGUGUCUUGAUCAACAUCUUCGCGAUUCUCUAUGCCAUGAUCGCCAUCUUCUUCAGCUUAUGGCCGACCUACAGUGAAUUGACUGUGGAGAUGAUGAACUUCAGCGUGGUGGGGACUGUGGCUGUGAUCCUUAUCAGCGUGGUUUACUACCUGCUCCGUGCUCGCCGUGUGUAUCAAGGACCUAUUGUCGAGACGGUCCCACAAUAA